AUUUGGACUGGAGACAUAUUGGAAUGCAGUGAAAAUUACCUGCCUGCUUGAUAUAUUCAACUCUGACACUCAUGAUAUUUAUAUAAUACUUCUUGGAUUUUCAAUAUUCUUAUAUUUAGGAUAUGGAUUAAUACCCGUUGUCAAAUUGUCAUAUGAGUAGUGCUCGGAUUUUAUAUACACGUACAGCACUGUGAUGCUUCCAGCUAUUACAUUGACCUAUGUACCAUAUACGAUCAUAUACAUGAUUUGUCCUUGACCUUACACAUUAAUAUUGGAAACCAAUACCACAAAGAGAGCAGUAAUUGGAUUGAUCAAAACACCUAUUAUAUAUAAACGUGUGUAAGGUAUUAUUAUUUCAAGAUGCAGUAUUCAAAUUAUAACACGGAAUAUGGUUCUGCUGUCCCUCCAUCAAAAGAUACUCCAGUGAAAGAACAACCACAAGCUCAGUAUGGGUUCAGUCAGCAGCCAGGACAACCGCAAGGUGUGGUGGUUAUACCUCCAACAUUACUCAUCACACCGGCACAUUUUCAACCUUACGAGACCAAAUGCCCUCAUUGCCAUGCGCAAAUAACGACGGAAACAUCUUUUAACAUGGGAUAUAUUGCUAAAAUGUGUGUUUUAACAUUGCUUUGCUCAUUUGUAUGGGUUGGAUUGUUUUGUGUUGCGUUCUGGCCAUGUUGCAGUAAUAGGUUCAAAGAUGUAGAACAUACGUGUCCACGUUGUCGUAAGGUAGUAGCUAAGUACGAAAGACACAGAAUUGCACCACAUUACCAAAGUCCAUGGUUUCGACCACGAGGUAUGGCCGGUUAUGGAGCAGCACACUUUCAGGCUGGUUAUAAUCAGCAAGUUCAACCAGCGGAAGCACCACCAGGAAUUCUGAUUGUACAGCCUAAACCUAUGGUGACAGCAGACCAUUUCAAACCUUAUGAGACCACAUGUCCCCAUUGUCAUGCCCAAAUAAGAACUGAAACGUCUUAUCAAGUCGGAGAUCAGGCGCUACUUUGGGUUUUCAUUUUUACGUGUAUAUUCGUAUGGUUUGGACUGGUUUGCUUUAUCUGUCUGCCGUGCUGCAUCAAGUAUUUCAAAGAUGUAACCCACACCUGCCCACGCUGUCAUCAAACGGUAGCGGUGUACAAACGACAUGAAAUGUUUUAAUGUUUUACGUCUAUUAUUAUUGAAAAUACACAAUGACAAAUUACUACUAUGUGUGCCUUUAUAAUGUGAAUUAUAUGAUAAAAAUUCUAUAUUUGUUUGUGUUUCCCUUUUAAAUAUUGUUUUAUACCUCUGACUAAAAAAAACCCAAACAAUACGGGUUGUUAUAUUGUUUAAAUAUGAUUUCACUUGAGUACAAUCAGACCUGUCUAUCAAAGGCAACAAAGGAAAAAGAGGCAGUACAUGUCUUUUGAAGACAGGUGCCUUAUAUAUAUAAGGAUGUUGUUGAUGGAACUGCUUACUUGUAUUUAGUUAUUGUGAAUGCUUAUAAAUAUGUACUACAUAUACGAUAUACUCUGCAAGGUAUUCAUACGAUUUUGUGUUUGUUUUAUUCAUUAUAUUGAAAUGGAAUGUAUAAAGAUAAAAAAAAAUGAAAAUUUAUCGCUUAUUGUUUUAUUAUUUUAUAGAUUUAUAUUUUUAUAUUGUAAUACAUGUAAAGAAGUGAACGCAUUUUUUCUAUCAAACCUCGCUCAGGCUCCUUGUUUUAUUUUUGGAUGUGAUAUGCAUUUUAGGUUAAUUAUAAAAAUAUGUUUGUAUUAUGGAGUUAAAUUAUACACAUAACUUAUGUUACUGUACAGUAAUAUUCAGUUGAAUAAAAAAUGAUUAGCGACCAUUGAUCAAUAUU